CGGCGCAAUCUCUACCGCCAUGCCAUGGCUGUCUCCGGUCAGCCGCUGGCGGCUCCCGCCAAACCAACUGCCUCCAACACUCCUCUCCUCCCUCCUUGCUCGCCAUCUCUUUCUCCUCCUAUUCCGUCUUCCUUGCAAAUCCCAUCUCCACGAAACCCUCCACUCUCCCAUUGCCAAUCUUCAUACAGUGGUUAAGGUUUGCACAAUGAUAUUCAAUGAUUUCAUUUCAUAUGCAAUGAGUAUGGGGGACCAGGGACAUUGCUGCUGGAGCCUUUCACGGAUACUUUUGUUGCUCCAAAGCAGAGGAAAUUGCCUGGAGCACCUGUGGCAGCAAGGACACCCCUUUUGUGGGCCCAAUAUCACGUGGAUGAGGAUUGGAGGGUUUGGAAUACAAACCCAGUGAAGUG